AUGGCUACAGCAGUGCGGGGCCUCAUCAAACGGAAGCAUCUGCUUCUGGUGACCCUUCUGCUGUGUAAUGCCCUGGCCAUGGAAGCAUUGCCCCUGGUGCUGGACAGAGUUCUUCCCGGCAUUGCCGCUGUGGUGAUCUCUGUGACGGCAGUACUCGGUUUCGGGGAAAUCCUCCCCCAAGCAUUCUGCAAGGCCUACGGCCUUGCAGCUGGUGCAGCCGCAGCUCCCUUGGUGCGUUGUCUCCUGGUCAUCUGCUUUCCGAUUGCUUGGCCCAUCGCCAAGAUGCUCGACUGCCUCCUCGGCCAUGAUGAGGGGAACUUCUACGAGGGAGAGCAGAUGGCGGCUGCUUUGGAGAUACACAAGGAGCGGGGCCACCUCAGCACGGAGGAGGCCGCCAUCAUGCAGGGUGCCUUGAGCAUGGCGCGAAAGCGAUCUCAGGAUGGCAUGACCCCAAUCGAUCGGGUCCAGUCCCUCUCAGCCGAUGCAGUCCUCGAUGCCAACACCCUCGACUGGAUCAUGAAAUCAGGCUACUCACGCAUUCCAGUGCAUGAGCACGGCCAGCCAACAAAGUUUCUGGGCUACCUGCUCGUCAAGAAGCUGAUCACCCUAAGGCCGGAAGAUGCAUGGCCAGUGUCCACUCAACGACUGAAUCCCUUGGUGCUGGUGCUUGAGGACCAACCUCUUUACAAGAUCCUGGACGUUUUCCAAACAGGCCAAACACACAUGGCCUUGGUGUAUCCCAAAGGCACUGCCCUCGGAUCCUGCUCCGCUGCUACUCCUCUGGGUAUUCUUACCUUGGAGGAUGUGCUUGAGGAGUUGAUCAACGAAGAGAUCGUGGACGAGACAGACCGUUUCAUCGAUGCGGCGCAUGAGGAAAGAGGACCAGCAGAGCAAGUUCGCCAACUUUCUGCAGCGUCGGUUUGCAAUGACGGCUUUGUCUUUACUGCACCGGUCACUUUCGCAGCAUCAGCGAUGACGAAAAUGAGGAGACAGGCAACAGCUCCAGCUUUGAGGUACGAAGGAAAGGUGUCCCGACCUCGUCUUACCACGAUGUGUGAUCUGGCUCAGAGCCGUUCAGCUGCUAGGGAGGCGAGCGUGCGGACUGUAGGCCGGAGACCAAGGCUUUGGUCACGGCCCAUGGAGGAGCCUGAUACACAGGAGUCCAGCGGAGAAUCGAACUCCACCUCGGAGUGCUGCGCCUAG